CAGAAGCAGAAGAAGGCUUCAGAUCAUCCACCAGAGACAACUCUCUCCUACCAACAGCAACACCUUGUCUCCAGACACAGAGGACGACAGCUUCAGCGACCUCAUCGAACAUCUUCCUCCUCCAGAAAAGAUGGCUGGCCUGUGUUGGAUGGCUGUGGUGCUGGCCUUCAGCCUGUCUGCUGGAAACACUGAGGCUAUGGAUCUGGGAUAUGUUACAGAUACUGCAGCAAUAAUCCUGGCAAAGUGCUUCAUAGAUGCGAAUCAGUUCAGUGUAGCUGUAAACAUCCCCAAGAACCAGGACCUGGACACGCUUCGCGAGAUCUCAGAAGAAUGUAAAUAUCUGAUAACACUGAUCGGACAACAAGAUGGACUGUACAAAAGUAGCAUUUUGGUUGCAGCAACACCUAAAACAACGACCGCAACAAAUGGAAACCGGUAUACUGAUCAUGCAGAAGCACGAGUACUGGACAACAUAGAACCUUUAGCUGACAGUAGUGAGGGUAAAAGUCUGUUCUUCUAUUCUUACCUUUCUCCAUGUGGCGCCAAGUGUACAAACCCAAACAAAAACAAUAAUAUCUUAAAAAAGAUUGAUAACAUUCCCAAUGACAGAUGGGCAGACAGUGCCUUUGUGUUUUCCAACGUAUUUGACGGGUACACUGAUCAAAAUGGCAAGUAUGUUUACUUUUCUGAAGGUGAAAUUAGAAACACCCUUAUAAAUCUUGGACAAACUAAAUUUGGUAGUGACAACAUAUUCCGUUGUUCCUUCUCAAGUACAGGUCAAAUCCGUUGCAUCGAGUGCUUCAUCAAUGGAUCUACAGAACCUGUUGAUGGUUGUGUUAAAAACUAGACAUAAAUGUGCAAACCCUACAGGGGCUGUGGUAGAGUUGCCAUGGAGUAGAGGAGUUCUGGCCACUACUGUUUUAGGCCCAACUGAUGGGAAUCAAAAACAAACACAACUGGAUCCUACUAAAAUUACAUUUAAAGAAAUUGUUUGAUUUAUGCCUAACGAUGCGCUUUCUCCUUUAAACUACAGUACAAGCUUAAAGUGAAUCAGAGUGUGGUCUAGACUUACUCUAUCUGUAGAGUGUCCUGAGAUAACUACUGUUAUAAUUAAUAAGAAUCAUGUCCUUCAAUGACUCUCAGUGGUUUUAGGUUAGGAGGAAUUUUCUGUCCUAUCCAAAUAAAAAACUAAACUAGCUGAAAUACGGUAGACUGCUGCGGAGUUUAAACAGCCAGACAAUAAAAUGUUUAAGUGUAUUAUACUUAUUGCCAAUAUAAACUAAACAAUAUAUAAACAUAUUCUACCCUAUUUAAAAAAAAUGUUGUUUUUCAAAUACUAAUCAUGUUAAAUGUGGAUGUUUAAUGUGUUUCAACCUCAGUAUUUCCAUGAAUCAUGUCAUUGUACUCAGUACUUGUGUAAAGCAAACUGAAUCCUCUGAUGUUGUGCUCUUUCUGAU